CUCUUUUCUCCCCCCGCUUCACACCCAAUCGCCAGUCCCUUGCUGUCGUCCGGAUGGCCUGUUUGCUCCAAUAACUUCGAGAGGAUCUCUCCCCGCCUGAGACGAGCGACUUCUGGGAGUUUUGCGCUCGUCUAGGUUGAAAGCUCCCCUCCCCGCCUCUGGCCAUCAGGGUCAGCGGUUUUCCAACCAGCGCCUUCAGCUCCGCUAUCUAGGUUAUCGAAAUGGCAGAUGCCAAAGCUCGCACCGCUCAGAGGCCGUCCUCGAAUUCCGCGAGCUAUGCCCCCAUUCCUCACUCGCCGGGACCGGACCCUUCAGUGACGGGUGAUAGCUUCCGGAGCGGUGACUCUACACGAGACACCCCUCCAGACCAAGGCGAUACAAGCGGCAGCUUCUUAGCAUACUUCACGACAAAGGAAUUCUUUAUAACACUGCUACUUGGACAGGUCCUGGCGAUCACCAACACCGCCUGCAGCACUUUCAGCACGCUCCUCGCCAACGAGGGCACCUCGAUCCCCGCCUUCCAGACCUUCUUCAACUACUUACUGCUCAACCUCAUAUUCACCCCCUACACUAUAUACCGGUAUGGCACCAAGGGCUGGCUCGAGAUGGUGCUCCACCGCGGCUGGAAAUACGUCUUCCUAUCCUUCUGCGACGUGGAGGGCAACUACUUCAUCGUGCUAGCAUACCGAUACACAACCAUGCUCAGCGCCCAACUGAUCAACUUCUGGGCCAUUGCAGUCGUCGUGCUCGUCUCCUCCAUCUUCCUACGCGUCCGCUACCACAACACCCAAGUCCUCGGCAUCCUAAUCUGCAUCGGCGGCAUGGGGGUGCUGAUUGCCUCAGACCACCUCACCGGCAGUGACACCUCCACCGACCCGAACCGAUCCUCCUCGCACAACGACCAAAUCAAAGGCGACAUCUUCGCCCUCCUCGGCGCAACAUUCUACGGCCUCGCCAACACCGCCGAGGAAUUCCUCGUCAGCACCGCGCCCGUCUACGAAGUACUGGGCCAAAUGGCCCUCUACGGCACCGUCAUCAACGGUCUCCAAGCAGGGAUAUUCGGCCGCAGCUCCUUCGACACCGCCACUUGGAACAGCCACGUCGCCGUCUACCUGGUGGGCUACACAUUCUGUCUUGCCUUUUUCUACUGCAUGGCGCCGCUCCUGCUGCGGCUGUCAUCCGCCGCGUUCUUCAAUAUCUCCAUGCUGACGAUGAAUUUCUGGGGCGUGGUGAUCGGGAUCGCUGUCUUUCGGUAUACGGUGCAUUGGGCGUAUCCGAUUGCGUUUUUGCUGAUUACGGUCGGUCAGUUGAUUUAUUAUGUUGGACGGCGGGUGUUGGGGGAAGCGAGAAAGCCUUGGCUGGGCAGAUACCAGGAGCGUGGUGUCUCGGGGGUGUUUACGGCGAGGAGGAAGAUUGAGUCCCAGACGAAUAUGCCUAGAGCUAAAUAG